AUGACUAAAAGAGAAGCGGAGGAGCUGAUAGAAAUCGAGAUCGAUGGAACAGAGAAGCCGGAGUGCACUGAGGAGAGCAUUGUAGAACAGACCUACACUCCAGCUGAAUGUGUAAGCCAGGCCAUAGACAUCAAUGAGCCAAUAGGCAAUUUAAAGAAACUACUAGAACCAAGACUGCAGUGUUCUCUGGAUGCUCACGAAAUUUGCCUGCAGGAUAUCCAGCUGGAUCCUGAACGAAGUUUAUUUGACCAAGGAGUAAAGACAGAUGGAACUGUACAGCUUAGUGUACAGGUAAUUUCUUACCAAGGAAUUGAACCAAAGCUAAAUAUCCUGGAAAUUGUUAAACCUGCGGAAACGGUUGAAGUAGUUAUUGAUCCAGAUGCUCACCAUGCAGAAGCAGAAGCACAUCUUGUUGAGGAAGCUCAAGUGAUAACUCUUGAUGGGACAAAACACAUUACAGCCAUUUCAGAUGAAACGUCAGAACAAGUGACCAGAUGGGCGGCUGCGCUGGAAGGUUACAGGAAAGAGCAAGAGCGUCUUGGGAUACCCUAUGAUCCCAUACAAUGGUCCACAGACCAAGUCCUGCAUUGGGUGGUUUGGGUAAUGAAGGAAUUCAGCAUGACUGAUAUAGACCUCACUACACUGAAUAUUUCUGGAAGAGAACUCUGUAGCCUCAGCCAAGAAGAUUUUUUUCAGCGAGUUCCUCGGGGAGAAAUUCUCUGGAGUCAUCUGGAACUUCUUCGAAAAUAUGUAUUGGCAAGCCAAGAACAACAGAUGAAUGAGAUAGUUACAAUUGAUCAACCUGUGCAAAUUAUUCCAGCAUCAGUGCAGUCUGCUACACCAACUGCCAUUAAAGCUAUAAACAGUAGUACCAAGGCAGCUAAGGUACAGAGAGCUCCCAGGAUUUCAGGAGAAGAUAGGAGCUCGCCUGGAAACAGAACAGGAAACAAUGGCCAGAUCCAACUGUGGCAGUUUUUGCUAGAACUUCUUACUGACAAGGAUGCUCGAGACUGCAUUUCUUGGGUUGGUGAUGAAGGAGAAUUUAAGCUAAAUCAGCCCGAACUGGUUGCACAGAAAUGGGGACAACGUAAAAACAAACCUACAAUGAACUAUGAGAAACUUAGUCGUGCAUUAAGGUAUUAUUACGAUGGGGACAUGAUUUGUAAAGUUCAAGGCAAGAGAUUUGUCUACAAGUUUGUCUGUGACUUGAAGACUCUUAUUGGGUACAGCGCAGCGGAGUUGAACCGUUUGGUCACAGAGUGUGAACAAAAGAAACUUGCCAAGAUGCAGCUGCAUGGGAUCGCCCAGCCGGUCACGGCAGUGGCCCUGGCCGCCGCGUCCCUGCAGGCGGAGAAGGAUAACUGA